UGGUUAAAGCAGUAUUGGAACAUCCAGGUAGCUGAUUUCCAAGUGAAAAAACAGGCUCCAUCUACUGUUUGAAGCUUCUGCCCCAAGCUUGCAUUGUUUAUAGGAGAACCUGCGUCAUACCUUUAUCUGUAGCCUUCCCUUAGGUCUUAAGGAUCCUGAAACCUUACUGUGGACAUUGGAUUUGGUGGAACAGCAACCAUGACUGUGGGAAAGAGCAGCAAGAUGCUGCAGCACAUUGACUAUAGAAUGAGAUGUAUCUUGCAAGAUGGCCGAAUCUUCAUUGGCACCUUUAAGGCUUUUGACAAGCAUAUGAACUUGAUCCUCUGUGAUUGUGAUGAAUUCAGAAAGAUCAAGCCAAAGAAUGCGAAGCAGCCAGAGCGUGAAGAAAAGCGGGUUUUGGGUCUGGUGUUACUACGUGGGGAGAACUUGGUUUCCAUGACUGUGGAAGGACCACCCCCCCAAAGAUGUAAGGAAACUGGCAUUGCUCGGGUACCACUUGCUGGAGCUGCAGGAGGUCCUGGGGUUGGCAGGGCAGCUGGCAGAGGAGUGCCAGCUGGUGUUCCAAUUCCCCAAGCUCCUGCUGGAUUAGCAGGCCCUGUCCGAGGGGUUGGGGGGCCAUCCCAACAGGUAAUGACUCCACAGGGAAGAGGCACUGUAGCGGCUGCUGCAGUUGCUGCCACUGCCAGCAUUGCUGGAGCCCCAACUCAGUACCCACCAGGACGGGGGACCCCACCCACUCCUGUGGGCCGAGCAACACCACCUCCCGGCAUUAUGGCUCCUCCACCUGGUAUGAGACCACCCAUGGGCCCACCAAUUGGGCUUCCCCCUGCUCGAGGGACGCCAAUAGGCAUGCCCCCUCCAGGAAUGAGACCCCCUCCACCAGGAAUUAGAGGUCCACCUCCCCCAGGAAUGCGUCCACCAAGACCCUAGGAUACUGUUGAUCCUUCCUAAGUCACUUUUUUCCCUGCAAUGUGUCUUGUGAAAUUGUGUAGAGUGUUUGUGAGCUAUUGUUUCCUCCUUGCUGCAUUAAUAUUAGCUAAUAAAUGCACAGAGCAAUUAAACUGC